AUGGGGGGAUUGGUGGAGUUGGAGCACCACCAAUACCAAGGCGGCUUGGAGCGUUUGGUUCGCAGCCUGCCUGCACAGCCGCUGGGACUGAACCUUAGCUUCCAAGGUUUUGGUGUCUCUGUGGACGAUGGUGCCAAGGACGACUGUGAAGAUCUGCGUGGCCUUCCAUUGACCCAACCAUCACCGGCAGCCUCGUACUCGUACUCACCUCCGGCAAUAGAGACGGCGACCACCCAUGCCUGUGGUCAUGGAUCACCGUCACCGGCGCUCAGUGCAACAGAUGCAGAGAACGAGAAGCACUCGGUGAUCGACGCGCCAGCAGCAGCGGCUUUUGUCCUGGUGCUGCUGGACGGCGGGGAGAUGAUGGCUCAGCAGACAUCGACCGGCGGCGAGAUGCAGGGCGUGGAGUGCAGCGAGGCGGCGGCCGCGGACGUGGCCGCGUGGUGGAGCAAGAUCUUCGAGAGCGGGCAACGCGCGCCCCCAAACGCGGAGGACGUGGCGGCGGCCACGGCGGCCGGUUUGCCGGCGGACUGGCGGUGGCUUUGUGGCGACGAUGAUGUCGGUGCCGCUGAGCAAGGAGCGGUCACGGGGGCGUCCCGGCGACGAUGA